AUAUAUUUUUCCUCAAGUGCUCACUAUUUAAAUAAAAAAAUAAUUAACUUAUAAAAAUUUUGCUGGCUGCAGGGAGAGAUUUUUGUAUUGACUAACUGAUAGUAAUUGAGCAAGGGGUGGGGCAGCAGAUCAGCCUUUUGGCUUUGUAGGUGCAUUUAACAUGAUCAGAUCUCUAGUUUUCUACAGUUUAGCCUCAGUUUCGCUUCUAAAGGCAGAUGGCAAUAAACUGAGAGUGAGCCUGGUGUUUGCCACUGCUGUUGUGUUACUGAGCUGCUGGCACUGCUCAUCUCCUGGCUAACUGUAAAUCCUGCCUGCUAGAAGACUAUGGUUCUUAGGCUCCUUUCAUGAUUGCAGAUGCAUACUCCUGAGGGAGGAGGGACAGUGUAAGGGGUGCCUAGGAAAGUCAGGGGUUUGCUUUGGGGUUUAAAGGCAAACUUGUGAUGCUUUGGCCACAAGGAUGGGCAGCAGUGUUUCUUUGAGAGCAGGAACAAGAUGGGGAGAAAGUGCUCCACUGGUAAAAUGGACAUUUCUUUGAACUACCUGAUUUUCCCAGUAGCUGUGAACACGAAAUAUGUCUUAGAAGUUAUGUUUUUAUUUGCUUUGACAACUUUUUUGUAAUGAGUCUGGCAGGCCUAUGGUGAGUCCUCUGCAUGCACUGAGAGCUGUGGAGUGGAUCCCAGCGCUUACAUGCCACUGUAUAAAGGCAGAUAUCCUGGACUAUAUGAAAGUAAAGACUACUUGGUCCUGUAGCUGGAAUGAGUUGUUUUACCGUCGCUUCCUGCUGCAUCAGCAUCUUCAGUUUAGAUGAAAGGUACAGACAGCUGUUUGCUAAAUUAAGUAUGUGAAAAUUCAGCCUUGUUACCCUCAUUUUAGAAUUUAAAGGGGGCUUUUCUUUUUUUGCUUUAGAUGCACUCCUGAGCUCUGGAAAAGCAGUGAUUCUGAAAAAUAAUUAAAAUGCAAGGCAGAAGUUAGUUGCUUGCAUCAGUCACAUACAUUGGUGUGCUGUCAUGUAUGCUGGUACAGGCAGAGCUGUCAUCAUUAUUCCUUGCCCACUUCCCAUACACAUUUCUUGCCUGCCUUUUCCCUGAUCAUUCAGAUAGAGCAUAUCUGAUACUCCCAUGCUUCAUUACUCUGCAGGCUCACCUGGCAACAUGCUGUGACCUUGCUGUGCCUUUGCUGAAAGUGCAAACGGUGUAAGAGAAGGUUCUGGCAUAACCGAUUGCACAGGUUUGGGAGCACAGUGGAAUUUCUGUGGAGUUAUAUGCCCUUAAAUUAUGAUCUGGGUGUGGAAAAUGUAUCCUCAUCUGUGUAAUGACUGGCUGCAAAUCAAAGGUGUUAGAGAUAUUUGGAAAGGACUUUUUUUUUUUGAGCAUUGGGAAAAGCACCCUUCCUACAACCUAACAGUAAAAGUCCUCCGAGCCAGAAACAUCAAGGGUACAGAUGUGUUGUCCAAGGCAGACUGCUAUGUGGAACUAAAGCUGCCCACUGCAUCUCCCAGAGUCUCCCGAACUCAGGUUGUUGACAACUCUGAGAACCCAGAAUGGAAUGAAACUUUCCAGUAUAGGAUCCAUAGUGCUGUCAAGAACAUUCUGGAGUUGACCCUCUAUGAUAAGGAUGUCCUUGUGAGUGAUGAGCUCACCUCUAUCGUCUUUGACGUGGGGGGUAUGAAGCUGGGUCAGCCCCUGCUGCGCACCUUCAGGUUGAACCCCGAGGCUAAUGAAGAGCUGGAUGUAGAGUUUUACUUGGAGAAAUGCUCAGAUGCCCCUACAGAGGUACUGACCAACGGAGUCCUUGUGGUUCAUCCUUGCUUGACACUGCAAGGCACUGUCACCAAAGAGGAAAACACAAAAGAGAAACAGCAAGGAUGCUGUGAGGUCAAGGUGUCUGUCCCAGGGGCAUAUCAAAAGCAGUUGUCUAUUCCUUGGACACCAGACAAUGAGAAGGAUUAUGGAACCUCCUUUGUCUUUCAUGUGGAUAAAGAAAUGUGUCCAGAACUGCAAGUGGAGCUGGAGCAAACCAUAUCUGUCCUACAGGAUGGCAUGAACCCUGAUAUUGAAAAGCAUACUACGGUUCUGGGACUGGGGACUGUACCAGUUAAUUCCCUUCCUAUUGGAGAAAAAGUUGAUAGAAUCGUUUCUUUGGGAGAGGGAAAAAGUUUGGAUAUGAGUUUGAAAAUUGAAGAGAGCACUUGGGAUCUUGAUAUACGUCUGGGUUUUGAUCUCUGUAAGGAGGAGAGAGAAUUUUUGGACAAAAGGAAGAAAGUAGUUUCUGAGGCACUGAGGAAGACUCUUGGCUUAAAAGAAUCCCCUCCAAAAGAUGAGGUUCCCGUCAUAGCGGUACUGGGGUCUGGAGGUGGGAUGAGAGCACUGACAUCGUUCUAUGGCAGCCUAGCUGGGCUGCAGCAGCUGGGCCUUCUGGAUGCUGCUAUAUACCUGUGUGGGAUUUCUGGCUCUACUUGGUGUUUAUCGACAUUGUAUCAAGACCCUGACUGGUCACAGAAAGACCUUCAAGAUGCAAUCAGAAGAGCUCAGAGUACUGUGUCCAGCAGCAAAGCAGGGGCAUUUUCCUCAGAACGACUGAAAUACUAUUUUAAGGAGCUGAAUGCGAUGGAGAUCAGUGGACGGAAGGUUUCUUUUACAGAUUUGUGGGGCCUUAUUGUGGAAUAUUUCCUACAACAGAAGGAAGAUCCAUCAAAGCUGUCUGAUCAGCAGGAAGCAGUGAAAUGGGCUCAGAACCCUUAUCCUAUCUAUGCAGCUGUCAAUGUGAGACCUAAUAUGAGCGGUGGUGACUUUGCAGAAUGGUGUGAGUUCACUCCCUAUGAAGUUGGAUUUCGCAAAUACGGAGCUUUUGUUCGAACAGAGGAUUUUGACAGUGAGUUCUUCAUGGGACGGCUUGUCCAGAAACAUCCAGAGCCCAGGAUUUGUUUUCUACAAGGAAUGUGGGGCAGUGCCUUUGCUGCAAGCUUGGAUGAUAUCUGCCUGAAGGUGGUUGGUAUAGGACUGAGCUUUCUAGAUUCUUUCAAAGAUGUUAUCAAAGUUGUAGAUGACUGCCGAAGAUUCCAUUUCCGAGACCCAGCACGACUGAAGACUCGCUUGGUUAUACCUGGGGGCCCCUUGCUACAAAUUUUUCAGGAUUUCUUCAAGUCCCGGGUCACAUGUGGAGAGACCUUCAACUUCAUGAAGGGAUUGUAUCUUCAUAAAGAUUAUGUUAACAUCAAGAAAUUCGUGACUUGGAGAGGUACUCACCUGGAUGCAUUUCCCAACCAGCUGACUCCCAUGGAAGAGAGCUUGUAUUUAGUGGAUGGUGGCUUUUCUAUCAACUCUCCCUUUCCUUUGGUACUUCAGCCAGAGAGGGAUGUGGAUGUUAUCUUGUCAUUCAAUUUUUCCUGGGAAGCUCCAUUUGAGGUUUUAGAGCUGACUCAGAAAUACUGUGAGGAGCAGGAAAUUCCUUUUCCGAAAAUCAAAUUUAGUGAGGAAGAUGAAAAGGAGCCAAAAGAGUGUUACAUGUUUGUGGAUGAUGAUAAUCCAAGGGCUCCUAUUGUACUGCAUUUCCCACUGGUGAAUGACACCUUCCAGAAGUACAAAGCUCCAGGAGUUGAACGUGAGUCAGAAGAAGAGAAAUCCUUUGGUGACUUCAUCAUUGAGUCAAAAGAUUCCCCUUACCGUACACUAAAUUUCACCUUUGAGCCUUAUGAUUUCAGCAGAUUAGUGGAAGUGAAUCGCUACAACAUUCUGAACAACAAGGACACUCUCCUCAAAACCCUAAACUUGGCUCUGCAAAGGAGGAAGUUGAAGAAAGUCAUCAAUAAGACAAAUGCAUGAGCAGUUUCUAGGGUUGAGGAUCCAGAGAGGCAGCAGUGUACAAAAGCCGUGAGAUUCAAGACAGAACACUGAAAGUGAGUAGCUGGAAACUGUCCUCUUGGAGAGGGAGUAGCACACCUGCUGACACUGAAAACUCCUUCCAGCUUAUGUGCUCUGAUGAAAACUCAAGGGAUGUACAGUACUAACUACAUGGAUGUUGCUUCCUCGUGUGGGGAAGAGUGAGGAAUUACCUAGCUCAGUAUCUCAAGUGACAGUGGCUGAUUCCAGAUGAUUUGGGAGGUCUAUUCAAACUGCUCAAGCAUCUGGAGAAUAAUCUUCCAGACUUUACUGAGUGAUGCACUUCUUUUUGUCGGAGGUGUGUUGGUGUUCAAGGAAACAGAUUCCUUCUGUACUUUUAUCUCUUGCUUUUGAACCUCACAAACCUUUAUGAUUCACAUAAUCUUAUACAGAACUCCACAGAUAAAAAUUACACACUGAGAGAGAAAAUGUCUCCUUUUGCUUUCAAGUUGCUACUGGCUGAUGCCCAUAUACUUUCAGGACUGAACAGUCAUUACCUGCUUUCCAUUUUACCAUUCACGGUUUCAGUUUCCUUCCUACCCUUCUGAAGGAUUUUAGUGGCUUUUAGUCUCCCAGAAAUUCAAUACUGAGUAGCUUAUUUUGGUAAACAAUUUGGUUUUGAAUCAAUAAAUAAAUAAAAAUAAAUGGUUUUUAUAUUUGACAAUAGAAACACAUUGUGGGAUUUUGUUACUACUUCCUACAGUUUGAUCAUCAUGAGAUGAUGAAAAUGCCAUAAGUUGCAUCUUCGUCUUUCUGUGUAAGAGGAAGGAAGGCUCCUUUGGAGGGUUUGAGUUAGAUAUUUUUUCCUUACACUUCAGCUUGUAGUUCACCCAGACCUUUGCUGAAGGAAUUUUUGUGUCUAUGUAAUUUAGAAACGUCAACAGUCAAGGUAGACACACCUUAUGAAUGUGAAUUAAUAAAGUAAUGUCAGAUGCUGCUGUGCUGUGGGAUGGGAUUCACCUUACCUUGCAUAAAGCCCACAGGAAAGUACUGAAUUAUGCAGUUGGAAAAUAUGUAAUGCAGAACAGUGGCAAGCAAGCACUGUUACUUUUAUGGCUUUUACAUCGAGCUGAAUGUACCGAUUCUGUAUUUAAAACUGAGGACAGGAGGCUUGCCUUAUGAAAUGAUGUAAGGGCUUAUAGACGGGUAUGAUUCUUUAUACAUUUUUUUAUGUGUUCCUCUUUUAAUAAAUAUUAGUUUUGCUCACAUGCUCUUCACAGUUUUUCCUAAGUACACUUGUCAGAGGCAACUAUGUUGAUAGCUUGUGGGUGAAAAUCAGGGGCUGAGCCAAGAAAGAAAACCUCAUUAUUUACUGUUUACUACAGACCACCCAAUCAAGGGGAGGAUGAGCAAGAUAAUACCAGUUACUUCCUAAAGAAUCUUAAAAAUGUGGAAAACCCAUUUAAACUGAUAAAUCAAAAGUGACAAAGUUUUCAAGGUCAAGAACUGUGGUUUUUGCAAUCUUAGUUUAGAGUUGGGAGUUUUGCUGGUAAAUUCAAUUGACUCACACUGGAAUCACAAUCACCUUGCUUUAACUGUCCCUACAGUAGAAUAAUUUUAAAAAGAGUUUAUAAAAAUCUUUGGGUUUUAAGGUGGACUGAGUGAAUUAACCAGGUACUUCAGCCUCUGAUCUAAUCAACUGUGAUUGCCCUAGAAAAAGAGCACACUGCCUGCAUCUGCAAGACCAAGUACUCACAUCAACAGGUAUUACAGAUAAAAUAGUCUUCCUUUUGUGGGGUUGCUAGAUUGUCAGGGAUAAAGCUCAUUUUGCAUUCACAAUCAUAUGGAUUUCUUUUCCUCCACAGAUGAUGACCAUGUUCUAAGUGAGUGAUAAGCUUCUCUAGCUGAAGCUUCUUUUCAGCUAAGUGCUUAGCAACUAAGAUCUUGUAAAAGUUCACUUGCUGUUGAUGCUGUUGUAUAAGGAAACAAUUCUUAAAUUUUUUAAAGAAAAUACUUUGGAAGAUUUUUAUAAUAAUUUCUGUUUUGGAUUUUUGAAUCCUGAAGUAGUGAAGGAACAACAUAAAAUGGCUAACAGGAUAUCAUACUCUCAUAAAAAAACAGGGACUUCAUAUGAAAAGAUCAGCUUUUUUGUCUGCCCUUGCAGUGUCAAAGGCAAACUGCUGUGUGGCAGCAAAUCUUCUGACAGCAUCUCUAGUCACUUCCCUAACACAGUAAGACUGUUAUAUCUGCAGUGAUUCCAAGAGGAAUGAAACUUAAAAUUCAAGCACCAUAAUGCUGUGAAGGUAAAAGGUGUCCUUCUUUGUUAGGUUGCUCAGGACAGCAGCAGAUAAACAGGAAAUCCAGGGCAAAGGAGGGAGCAGAAUCUUGUGAUGGGGUAGCAGAGAGGGCAAACCCCUGGUGCCCUGCUGUUUAGUGUGUUUAAGCCAGCUCUGUGGAGCAGAAGUCUUUGUAAAGGUCUCAGUGUCCUAGAAAAAGCAUUCCCUGGGAAAAUGCAGGAGCACAGAACAAAAGGUUGCAGUGUUUGCUUAAGGGUGCUGUACUUUGGAAUAGGAUGGUUGAAGAAAUUUUUCCAUUUCUCCAAUAAAUCUGUUCAUAGCCAAGCAAUGCUGUUACGUAAAACUUUACAGUUCUGUGCAAAAUCUUCAGAGUUUAUUUCUAGGUAUGGCUUAUCUGGAGCCACACCUAGAAAUCUUAAACUGGGACUGAAGUAUUGCUUUCAAUGUGGCAAAUAUUACACCAGGCUAGACUUUUAAUCACACGUUUGUGUUCAGUUGCUGGUUGAGGCACUUUAAUCAACAAAGAAGAACAAAUACAGGAAGCAAAGUUUAAUCAGAAAUGUUUAAAGCAAUGUUUAAUGGUAUUGAUAUGUCUUGGAUUUGAAAAAGGUAAGGAGAUCUAGAGGUGAUGGAGGUUGAAACAUUUCCAGUGGAAAAAGGGAAAUACUAAUACUGUCAAACAAAGUUCUGAGAUGGUUUUGUAUAUAACAGUUUUAUGUUGACUGGUCACCCAUGUUUGAGGAAAAUUAACUCAUAGCAGAUGUAUGGGUGAAGGAGUAUGUAUGGGAAAGGGAAAACCUGCCAUUUGAGAGGACACUGGAUGACCGUAGGUUAAUUUACUUGUCAUGGCAACAGUUGAGACGGGACCUGGCUGUUCUACAUGAAAGCAACCUAGAGAAGGGAGAUAAAGCUAGAAGGCCAGUGGUGAUGUGAGAACAAGUAUGUUAGGGAAUAAACUGAGGCUGAACUUGAAAAGAAUGUUUCAGAGUUUUGUGAAAUCUAUGGAAAACUUGGCAAUGGGUAAGCUAACUUACUGGUGGACAUCUAAAGUAGAAGCUGAUGAACUGAUAGAAUAAAUGAUUUAUGCAAAGGUAUGUCAAUGUAAUUAAGAAGUGUUCUUUUGUUUCACAUCUCUGUGAUCAGGGCUCAACAAACCUGCUGAUACCUCCUUAGGCUCCGUACAAGCAAAGGGAGCCUGUAUUGUUUUCCCCUUAGAAUAAAAUCUACUGCAGGAGCUGGA